GCAGCGCAGCAGCGGCGUGAGCCCGUGAGAGCUAUCUCGAGCGGCCUGGCAGCGGCAAGGGAGAGGGGGAUAGCGGCGGCAGGCACAGUGUGUAAAGCAGCCGCAGGGGAGAGCGGAGCUCAGUCGUAGUCGCGCGCGGCAGUCGUCGGUGCGUCGUGGCAGCGCGAGGAGAAGGAACGCAGAGCACGAGUCGAGGAAGAGGAAGAAAAAAGCGUGAGCUACGAGAGCUGGGCCUGCAGCUUUAGAGAGAGAGAAAGAGAGAAGAGAAGACUUGCAGCGGCCUCAUCCCCGUGGGACCGCAGUGCAUGCGUGCGUGGCUUGUGCUCGUGCUGUUGGUGUGUAUAUACAGCUGAAUCCACAAGCAGCGCAGCGACGCCCCGACAAAGCUCUUCUCUCUUGGGAAGGAGAAACGACGCUCGCGAUAAGGGGGAUAAGCAAGCGCCGACGAGGGAGGAAGAGCGCAGCGCAUCAGCAGUGUAGCGUCGUCGCUCGCCACAGAAAGAGAGAUAGGGAGAGAGAGCGUCGUCGCGAUCCUCGCAGCUGGUCGUUUGUUAUAUAUCCACAUAUAUAUAUAUAUAUAUAUAUAUAUAUAUAUAUCGAUCGAGCGAAGCUUCGUUCUCGCCACCCUGUGCGCGCGGAGAGCUCGAGACGCCGCCGUUGAGGAGAGAGGGAGAGAAAGCAGCAGCGCCCCAAGGAUAAUAGGCCGCCGCGGCUUCUGCGUGGCCUGAAUUCGCCGCCGCCGCGUAUACACUAUACACGUAUAUAUACCCGCUGCGGGAGGGAACGUACGCGCGGCCUUUCUCGCGUGCUGCUGCGCAUCGGAGCGAGAGAGGGAGACUCGACCGGGCAACGCCGUAGGACAGGUGCAGCUGCGCGACCCAAGAGAGAGAGAGAGAGAGAGAAAGAGCAGCGCUAUACGGCAUACACGACACGGUACGUGGGAAAAAAGCUGCCGCCGCUGCUCGUCGACGCCGUAGUGCACGGCGCCGAUGCACACGAGGAGAGGGCAUGCGCCAGCAGCCGAGCCGCAAUAACUGCGACGGACGACGCCCCCCGGGCCCUAUGUCCUCGUGACAGAGCCCCGAGUGUCGCGCGAGCCUCCACACCGCACCGAUAUAAUCCCGCAGCUGCGCACACCCCGUCGUCGCCCGCAGAAAGGGGAGAGAGAUCGAGCAAGAGGAGAAGCAGUGCAGAGAGGAAGAUUAUUGUAUAGAGUGAGUGAUAGUUGUUCGGUCGUCGAGACACACACUGCUGCAGGAGUAGAUAAGCGCAGAAGCCAAGUCAUGAGCGAGGGUAACUCCCGAGUGCCGGAUCUCGAGCCCGACGCUAUGAGCAACAACGCCGCCGGCAGCGGCGCCGGGACGGCCGGGUGUGGCUGCGUCCUCCAGCCCCAAGCCGCCUCGGCUACGGCCACGUCGAGCCAGCUGACCGGCCCGACGACUAGCUCUGACCCCACCAUCACCAUCAGCAUCACGCCGACCACCGGCGGCCAGUUCGAUAUCACCGUCGACAAGAACGAGAGCAUCGAGAACCUCAAGAAGAUCAUCUCCAAGAGGCUGAAGGUGGCCAAGGAGCGCAUCUGCCUUCUCCAUCGCGAGAGGCAUCUGCGCGAGGGUACCCUGGAGGAGAACCGACUGCAGGACGGCAGCCGACUGACGCUGCUGCCGAGCGUCGAGACUGGACUGCUGAAGCCGCGAUACCAAGUCCAACGAGGCCUACAGCAUAGCGUGCUCUCGUUACAGGCCCAGCGCCCGGAGCAGAGCGUCAUGCAGGCCCUCGAGAGCUUGAGCGACUCGCAGGUUAACGACUUCCUCUCGGGCAAAGCGCCCCUCAACCUUACCAUGCGCCUCGGCGAUCACAUGAUGCUCAUCCAGCUCCAGCUCUCGACCGUCACCCCGGCCAACGCCGGCACAGCUGCUCCCGCCGCCGCCGCCGCCGCCGCCUCUCUGCCCCAACAGCCGCAGCAGCCUAUUCAGCCUGUGCAACCUAUGCAACAACAGCAAGAGAUAGAGCAGCAGCAGCCGGCCCUCGACGCGAGGCGGUCCGCGGGAGUCGCAUCCGGCAGCUCGUCCACGACGACGACGACGGCGGCGGCCUCGAAGCUCUCGCUCUGCUCCUCCCUCGUGAGCAAGCUCGCCGCCACCUCGAACCUUUUCGGAGCGCCGAGCCCACCCAACACGCCGACCUCGCCCAUGGCGCCUUGCUGCAGCCAGCAACAGCAGCCGGUCCAGCCACAGCCGCAGCAGCAGAGCUUCGUCCAGCCGGAGACUCCGCCCGUCACGCCAGCCGCCAAACAGCCCCCGGCCGGAACUCAACAGCAGCAGCAGCAGCAGCAGCAGCAGCAGCAGCCGCAAAGGCAGCCGCCCAAGUACAGGCACCUGCGCUCCAACAGGCACGCCUUCUACCCGUUCACGCUGCUCGACCUGAAUCGCCAGACCAGGCAGGCCGCCAAGACCGCCGCCAAGACCGCCGCCAAGACCGCCGCCACGACACAAGCGCCAAAGCCAUCCUGCCCAUCGUGCCCCGAAGCCUCCGAAGCCAGUCCGAGCCCGAGCUCCAGCUCUGCGGCAGCCUCGCAGCAACAGUCCGCCCCGUCGUCUCCGGCUGAGCCGGCGACGAGCUGCUGCAAGUUCUCCGACUGGUCCUUCAUUCUGGGCCCGUGCGACUGCUCGAAGCUAUCACCAAAGAACAAGGUCUGCGCCAGCCACGCGAACAGCAGCCUCCCACAGGAGGCGAGCAGCGGCGCUAGCCCCAUGGAAGUCUGCGCGCCGGCAGCGACGACGACAACGACGGCAGCCUCGUCGGCCUCGUCGGCCCCGUCGACCCCCGCGACGCCCGCGACGCCCGCGACGCCCACGACGCCCACGACGCCCACGACGCCCACGACGCCCACGACGCCCACGAGUCCCGAAAGCAUGGACACCUCGUCCAGCGAUCCCGCCGCCAACCCCACCGCCACCCUAGACACCAGAGCGCUCGUCGAGGCUUCCAGGAACCUCACCCAGAAACUCAAGCAGCUCUCCUCGGAGGAGAACGCGAAGCGUCGCCAGGGAGCGAUAAUCGAGAGCAUGCACCACCACGGGAAGGGCGUGUACACGGGCACGUUCAGCGGCACCCUGAACCCGGCGCUGCAGGACAGACACGGCAGGCCCAAGCGCGACAUCAGCACCAUCAUCCACAUCCUGAACGACCUGCUCUGCGCGACGCCGGCCACGACCGCCGGGCACUACAGGUACCACAGGCACCCGAGCACCCACCACCGCGCCUCCGCCUCGUCCGCCUCGUCCGCGGCUUCGAUCAACUCGCCGGCCGCGACGUCUACCGGCGCGACCCAGACGCCUUCGAUGUUUGCCCUGACGUCGAGCGGAGCCCCGGGCACGACGUCUGUAGGACACGCGCCCGCUGGAUUGGAGGCCACACCCGGCUGCCCGGCAUCUAGUGAACUCUCCAAAGAAAACGAAGCCACCAAGGGCAAGAUGAGGCGACUGCGCCUGGUGAUGGAGCAGCGGCGGGAGAAGAUGCGCGCGAGGAGGCAGGCGCGAGCCGCGCCCUACACGACCAAGUGGGCGGCAGUGACGCCCGACCCCGACCCCAACGCCUCGUCCUCGUCCUCCAGCUCGUCCAGCCCCGGCAGCGGCAACUCCUCGAGCGACCCGCAGAACGAGCCCGAGCUCAAGCCCUGUAGUCCCGAACCCGUCGUCGCUUAAGCCCUGCAGCAAAACUGUAUUUAUUCGUUGCUGUGAAACAAGAGAACACGAACGCCCGGCCUCGGUCGCGUGAGAGCCCGUGGGACAAUUCGCGAUGAUUCCUUCAGUAGAGCCUCAUUGUAAAUCGAAUCGAGUGCGUAUUCGAGGACGGAUGACACGAAUGGGGAAGUACACGCACGCGUAAUCUCUCAUCGCAAUCAUUGCACUCAGUUAAGGAGUCCGAGUGUCGUUGAAGGCUAUAUAUGUAUGGCAUAUGUAUAUCGGCGACUACGCACACUCGUCGAACUUAUUACUGUAGAAUUUUAUGUUUGUAAUAUCUGUGUGCUGUGACGCUUUUGUUCCUUUUGAGGCACUUGUUUACUUUUCCUCCUUCAAGUUGUAUAGCUAUUGCCAGAGUUCUGCUGAUGUUGUCUAUGACUUUUAAGAAUUUCGAGUACUCAUAUUUAUAUAUUUUUCGUUUCGAAUAUGAAGCACGCGAGGGGAUUCUUAAAGGUUGCGAGAACGCUACUCGGACUUUUUAAUUUGUACGUAGUUACUGAAUUAGGUUACAAAAUCGAAAAGCAGUCUUGCACGUACACAAAAAUAAAAUAAAUAAAUGAAUAAAAAAUACGCGCAAAGACGUUCACAACGAUUCGCUGGGGAUAAUAAAAAAGGAUGAUAUAUGCUGGUGAUGACGGGCAGAUCGAUGAAUAUACGUAGUGAUAAAUUUUAUACGAAUUUAUUUUUGUUGAGUGUCACUGAUAAUUUCUAUUUUCCUUUGCUAAUGAGCAGCGCAGGCUUGGCAUGAGCCGCAAAGUCUUUAUUUUUCGUCAAUCUGCCCUAUACGGCACUGAGCAUUUUUUAAACGGACCACUCCGCGUCGUUGAUUUACAGAUAAACAAGUCGAGAGGUAUGAAAGAGUGUAUGUAAGUUUGCGAUCACAGGUCCUAAUGAGUAGACUUUAUGCGAUAAAUUCACAGCAAGGCCUGAGACGCCAGAAAACGUUUAAGUUUAAUAGGUACUAAAUAUUACACUUUCUAGUGUUAGGUUUAGGUUUUACUUAGAAAAAUGAUUAUUAUUAUUAUUAUUAUUAUUAUUAUUGCUAUUAUUAUUAUUAUUAUUAUUAUUAUUAUUAUUAUUAUUAUUAUUAUUAUUAUUAUUAUUAUUACUAUUGUCAUCAUUACAGUUCAAGAACUGGCUCAAUAUUGUAACAUACGAGUAUCUCGAACAUUAUAAAGUACCAAAAUAAAUAAGAACUGCUUGCUAA